AUGGACACUGCACGAAAGAGCGCACAGCAGCUGCGUGAGCAGAUUUCGAAAGCCGAGGAGGAGCUGAGGAAUCUGCGAGAUCAACUUACUCAAGCUGAGGCUUAUGAAGAGGCUCAGGACCAGGACCAAAAAGCAGAAACUGGCGCUGGCAGUACCGAUGGCUCGGCUUGGAAAUGGCCUUUGAAGGCUGACGAGUACGAACGCUAUGGGAGGCAGUUGAUUCUGCCAAAUAUCGGCAUCCGAGGCCAGCAGAGACUCAAGUUCUCUAAGAUCCUCAUCGUCGGCGCCGGCGGGCUUGGGUGCCCGGCAGCGGCAUACAUCGCCGGGGCUGGAGUGGGCACGCUCGGCAUCGUGGACGGCGACGUCGUAGAGCCGUCCAACCUACACCGUCAGAUCGCCCAUGGCACGUCAAGGGUGGGCAUGCUCAAGGUGGACAGCCUGAUGGCCUACUGCAAAGAGCUCAACCCGCUACCCGAGUACAUCCCACACAGGGAACACCUCACCCCACAGAACGCGGAGGCCAUCGUUGGCGCCUACGACCUCGUCCUCGACUGCACCGACCACCCCACCUCGCGCUACCUCAUCUCCGACGCCUGCGUCCUGCUGCGCAGGCCCCUCGUCUCUGCCUCCGCCCUGCGCACCGACGGCCAGCUCAUCGUCCUCAACUGCCCGCCUACCCCCCAAGGCGUCUUCCCCAUGCCAUCUACUAGCAAAGCAGGCACGACGACGACGACGACGACCGCCCCGCCCUGCUACCGCUGCGUCUUCCCCAAGCCGCCCCCGCCCGAGAGCGUCGUCAGCUGCGGCGAGGGCGGCGUCCUGGGGCCAGUGGUGGGCGUCAUGGGCGUGCUGCAGGCCCUCGAGGCCAUCAAGAUCGUCGCUGCGGGUCUGCACCUCCCCGCGGCGGCGAUCCCACCCGAUGCGGCGGCGGCGGCACCGCUGUCACCGACGCUGCUGCUGUUCUCCGGCUCGGCGGUUGGGGCGCCCUCGUUCCGUUCCGUACGGAUGCGUGCGCGCCGGAGGGAGUGCUUCGCCUGUGGCGAGGGCGGCACGGCGCGUCUCUCGCUCGAGACACUGCGGAGCGGGAGCUUGGAUUAUGUUGCCUUCUGCGGGGGCUUGAGUGGGCCGGUCAGUGUGCUUGAGGAUGGGGAGAGGCUCUCGGCUCGUGAUUAUCAGGGGCUGCUGGUCCAAGAGCCACCAGAGGAGGGCCAGGGCAAGGCGAGGCAUGUGCUGCUGGACGUCAGGGAGAAGGAGUUGUUCGACGUUGGGAGUAUUGAGGGGGCUGUGAAUAUCCCGUACUCGAGGAUCCAAAGUUCAGGGAGGACGAUGAGGCCCGAGGGUGUGGAUGAUGCAGCUGCUGAGGCGGAGCUGCCCGACUGGAUACCUCCAAACUUGUCGGGGCAUGCACCGAUUUAUGUGGUGUGCAGGGUUGGCAAUGACUCCCAGCUGGUGGCCAAGCAGUUGAAGGACCUUGGGCUGGGCCGGGGUGGUGCGAGAUUUAUCGGGGAUAUCAAGGGCGGCAUGAUGGCUUGGAAGCAGGAGCAAAGGAAAUUUGGCAAGCUGAUUCACUUCCGGGCCUCAAAAUACACAAACAUGAAGGUCAAAGAGGAGGAUGUCACAUCAAUUCUGCGGCAUUACGGCGCUUGA